ACGCACAGCUAUUCUCAGCUACUAGCUAGCCAUAGACUUAAAUACGUAGAAGCGUCGUUGGGGUUUAUGAAAGGAAAUUAGCUCUCCACAAGUGAUAUCAGCAAUUCACAACACUUACCAGGUAUUUUACAACUGGAGUUCUCCCCUGUCCAUCUUUAUUUGAUCAGGAUGAGCGUCGAAUCACAGGAAGCUUCUGCAGAAGUGAAGGAAAACAUUGUGUUUGACUCCAAUAAACCAAAGGCUGCAACAGAGACCAACACCAUGAAGCGCCCUUUAGAAGACGAUGAUGAACCCAUGCAAGAUGAAGCAGAAGGUGAAGAAGAUGGUACCGGAGAGGGGAAAGACUCUAAGAAACCAAGAAGGAAGAAGAAGAAGACAGUACCAGGACCACGUCUACCAAAGAAUGCUUUGAUGCAGCUCAAUGAGAUCAGACCUGGACUUGCCUUCAAGACUGAAUCUCAGACAGGGCCAGUCCAUGCUCCCACGUUCGUUGUCUCUGUCGAGGUGAAUGAUCAGCUGUUUGAAGGCACUGGCCGUAGCAAGAAAACCGCUAGAAUGCAUGCUGCAGAGCUAGCACUCAAGUCUUUUAUUCAGUUUCCCAAUGCAAGUGAUGCUUAUCAAGCUCUUGGUAGGUAUCAGUUCACUGCAGAUUUUACAUCAGACCAACCAGAAGUCCAUGGUGGCUUCAAUCCUUUUGAUGCUGACCAAGAGCGUCCUGUGACCCCACCAAGCAUGAUGAAGGCAGUACUAGCUGACAAAACACAAAACAGUCCUGAUGUGAUGAAUGUGAAAGUAGAGCAGGGUCAAAAUUCACCACUGGCAAAGAAAAAAGAACAACCCUCUGGGAAGAAUCCUGUUAUGAUCUUGAAUGAACUCAAACCAGGACAGAAAUAUGAAAUAAUAGAAGAGACUGGUCAGAGCCACUCCAAGAGUUUUACUAUGUCCCUGACCAUAGAUGGUAAGAAUUUCCAGGGCACUGGACGCAACAAGAAACUUGCCAAACAGCGGGCGGCCCAGGCUGCUCUUAUUGCUCUCUUUGAUAUGAAUCCCGUCCUGGCUCCAGAUCUUCAGCCAAUCACAAAUGAAGAAACAUCAAGCCAUGCCUUGGCUUUGGCAGACCAUGUCCACAAGUUGAUCCUAAACAAAUUCUGUGAAUUGACCAAUGGCUUCCAGUCCCCAGUUGCCAAGCGUAAGGUUCUAGCUGGCAUUGUGAUGACAAGAGGUGAGACCUUAGAGAACUCUAGUGUGAUAGCAAUCUCUACUGGUACAAAAUGCAUCAAUGGAGAGUACAUGUCAGGGCAAGGCUUAGCCCUCAAUGACUGUCAUGCUGAGAUCAUAUCUAGAAGGUGCCUCAUCAGGUACUUGUACUCCCAGUUGAAGCUGUUCCUCGAUAAUCAAGGAGACAGCUCAAUCUUUGUUCCACACCCGUCCGGCAGAGGAUACAAGCUUCGUAGCGAGAUCAAAUUUCAUCUUUACAUUAGUACUGCACCUUGUGGAGAUGCACGCAUCUUCUCCCCUCAUGAGUCAUCCUGCAGUGAAGAGCCAACUCCAGAUAGACAUCCAAACCGACGAGCCAGGGGUCAGCUGAGGACAAAGAUUGAGUCUGGGGAAGGAACAAUCCCUGUGAAAUCUGGACCUUCCAUACAGACCUGGGAUGGAGUGCUUCAAGGGGAGAGGCUACUUACUAUGUCCUGCAGUGACAAGUUGGCCAGAUGGAACGUACUUGGUGUCCAGGGAUCUCUCUUAACCAAUUUCAUUGAGCCUAUUUACCUGAGCAGCAUCAUUCUUGGAUCACUCUAUCAUGGUGACCAUCUUUCCAGGGCCAUGUUUUCUCGUCUCUCAACCAUUGAAGACUUACCAGCUGGCUACAGUCUCAACAAGCCACUUUUGAGUGGUAUCAGCAAUGCAGAAAGUCGCCAACCAGGCCGGGCACCAAAUCACAGCGCCAACUGGACCUUUGAUGACCCCUGCCUGGAAGUUAUCAACACCACAACAGGCAAGAACGAGACUGGACAACCCUCACAACUCUGCAAGGCUGCCCUCUUCAGCCACUUCAAGCAGAUCUACAACAGGAUUUCCAUGAUCACCAAUCCUGGAGCACAGCUGGCAAGGUCUUAUGAGGAAGCUAAGCACAUGUCUACUGAUUUCCACAAAGCCAAACAGGUAAUGACAAAAGCCUUUUUGAAGAGUGGGUGUGGUAACUGGAUAGAAAAACCACUUGAACAGGACAUGUUUGAGUAAGUACAUUAAGGGCAAAAAAAAUUGUACGUUUUUUCUGCAUAUUUUCUCCAGCAUUUGUCGAGUUUUGUAAGCAGGUAAUAAAUAUACAUGUUAGUAAGAUGGUGUUAUGUAAGUGCAGCACAUCAAUCAAUGGAAAAAAAUAUUUUUUAUAAAUGCUAGAAAUUUGAAUCUAUUAUGCUGUUGCAUCUGAAAUUCAUAGAAAUACUGUAUGUUUUUAAGUGUUAUGGUAUUUUGUAUAUGGAUAGAAUUAGAUAGGAUUUAGAUUUCCUGUAUGUUUUUGGAUGAAAGCAGAACCAAAAGAAUCUCCAUCAGCAUUACUGUUUUAAGGCUUGAAGAGCAUUGUCAGCUGUUUUUUUUAAUAACACGUAUAUGCAUGAUGUAACAAAUUUUGUAAAUAAUGUAAUGGUAUCUAUAUUGAUUUCUUGUAAUUUCAUAUUUGUAUCUUUAUUGAUUUUUAUAAAAUACAACAUACUGUAAUUUCACACUGCUGCAUUAAGCAGUAUAGUCAAUGCAUGGUCCUACCUUGCUUUUACGGGACCAGCAUGUACCUAUUGUACCUGAUAACAAUCACUCUCAUGUGCAUGUUUUUGUGCAAAUCAAAAUCAAUUUAUGGAGUUAAGAUAUCAGUAAAUCCUUCGCAGGAAGUGCUGUAGUGUAAAAUGAUAGGAAUUUAAGCAUAUUCAAACGUGUUGCCUUACAUACAUAUACAUGCAUAAUAUGAAAAAUGUAUUAAGCAAUUAUGAAAAAAGUUUUCAGGUGUUUCCAAUCGGCACCAACCAGCACAGAAAAAAAACUAUAGGUGUAGUGUGAUAGCAAACCCACAUGAUGUACACAUGUACAUGUGGGUGUUUAAGUGUGUUCUGCAGCCCCAACACCAAGCUUUCAAUCACCAUGUGUAAAUGUAUUAUGUAGUGUGAACUUGACUGGCAUCCUAGUUCAUGAAACAGAUUACAGUAUAGUUAUAGCCAUGCGGAUGUAAUCCAUUAUAUGCAUACUAUAUUAAACACAUGUGAUUGCAUGAAGUCCCCUAAAUAGGGAUGGUGGGUGGACCAGAGAGAGAGGGGAUGACUCUCAGCUCUACGUGGAAGAAUGUAUGUACAUGGCUCAGCAAAGGAAGAUGAGGAAUUGAUGAUACUUAAGAAGAAACCCAGAGAUUCAGUAAUCAUUCAUGUACUCUUUGUACUUCGUGAUGUUAAGUUUAAUUUUUCUUGUGAAUGCUGUAAUAUAUCUCAGCUGUCGCUCUGUCACUCUCUGAGUUCAUAAAAUAUAAAAACAUGUAUUUUGAUCAUAUACAUGUACCAACUGCUAGUCUUUCUAUUGUUAUGUUUCUAGAUUGAUGUCAACCUGUUGACUUCUGAAUUCUGUAUCCCUGUAGAAUUUAAUCAUGGACCACCCCAUUUAAAAGGACAAUAGAUUAAUACACCCUUCACUCCCUGAUUCUCUUCCAUUUCGUUCCUUUAACAUUCUUUAUAUUUCUUUUGUAGGAAUAACAUGUAACCUUCAUCGCUGGUUGUCCCCAGUCCACUUCUUUAAAUCACUAUUUCUCUCUUCUUGCUAUCAAUUACAUGACUUUUUUUCUCCAGCUUAAUCUUGCACUUGAUACAAAGUGUAUGAAAGCAUCAUAUCCACUUUUGUUUUUUCUAUUACACGCAGUUAAGUAUUUAUUUCAGACUUUCUAUGAGCAAUAAAAUAGCAUUUUCCAACAUCAUUACAAGAUUUCAAUAUUCAUGAAAGUAUAGAUUUUCAUUCAAUUUUGUAGCAUUUUUCCUGCCACUGCCAGAAGUUACACAGCACAAGUAGAGCAUUAAGAGCUGAGUAAGAUUCAGGGUUUUCUCAUUUCAAACUUUAAACUAAUACAAUCACAGGAGUAAAUCAUAGUUCAUCAUUCAGGUUUUGUUUCAGAGAGUGUAUGACGAUUAACAUCAUCGGUUUUUUCCAUCCAUUGUAGACAUAAUAUGUUUCUGCAAAAGUUCGUGUUACUGUUUUUGAGAGGGUGUUUGGAGCUCCCAGAAUCUUCUGAGAGGCCACUUUAUAUUUGGAAUGGCAUGCAGAUAUGUGUUUGGCUCUGUGCCCCACCUUGGGUACUUAGUUUCUGCAUCACUCGUGCAAUUCACCUCGUCUCACAUCACAACAGUUCACUAUGUAUCAAAAUGUCACGUCCUCAUGUCUCAGCUAUAAAAGACUCCUUUCCCUUGUGUUGCAGGAGGUCUUUCCUCUUCUCAUCACUUUGAUGAUGCACAGAUACUUUUAAGUCUUGUAUUAACAUUUUCUUGUCCACAUUUUUGUAAUGUAGUGUUUCAAUGCAAACUUUUACUUCAAAGUAACUGAAUUUAUUUUUCAUGUAAUGCAUUUUUUAAAAGCAGUGAGUUGGAAUCAGUUACUCAGAAAAUGAUCAGGUGUAGUACAUAAUUUUAGAUUUAUUACAUUCAUUUUAUCUGAUAUGAUGUUUUAUUUGUAAAAGAAGAGACAUUUUGGUUUUGGUUUUUAAGGGAUAAAAUGGGUCAAUAAACACUGAGUAAUGCAGGCAUGUAUAUUGUGUCUGAUUGUAUGUUUUUUGUGUUUAAUACACAUCCCUAUAGUCAAAUGGAUGAACUGUUAUGUUAAUUUUUUUAUUGCAUAUUUAGUAUUUGUCAGCAAGACCUGUACUGAAACUGAUAACUAAAGCUGAACACCAAGCCCUGAACACCAAGACAUGUGAGCAUAGCCCCAUAGUUAAUUUGAUACUCUUGAUGAAUAUAAGAUAGGAUUCAUCUUCAAUGUCAUGACAAACAUGAUUAGUUACAUUUCUUCCUAUCUGGACAGGUAAACAAGAGUGAGGAGGGGGUUAAAGACAAGGAAGGGGGUGUACACAGGGGAAGAGCUUCAGAUUCUAUUGUAGUUUUAAGCUAAGGGAGAAGGUAUACAUGUUAAUCAUAGGAGAAGGGGGGGUAAGAAAAGAAUUAGUAAAAUUGAUACGUCAUAAUACCAGGAGAAUGAUAGUAGAAGUAAGAUAGGAGAAGGGUAUGGUGAAGGAGAGUAGGAUGAAAGAGAAGGGGUUAAAACCUUUUAAAAAAUCGGGGGGGGGGGGGG